AAGAGAGUGAAAGCGAGACACAGAGUAAAACUGAAAGAUGAGUUUUCUCGCGGGAAGGUUAGCUGGGAAAGAAGCAGCGUAUUUUUUCCAGGAAUCCAAACAAGCCGUAGGAAAAUUAGCCCAAAAAAACCCUAUUCCUAAGUCCAACAACAGCAACAACCUAAACUUCCACGAAGAACAUGAUCAUUCGGAUGUUCUUCCCGAGGUUCUAAGACAUCAUCUUCCUUCCAGAGUGUUCAGAAAUGAUGAAGCUACCACUUCUUCCUUCUCUGCCUCCAAAUGGGUCCUUCCUUCCGAUCCAAAAAUCCAUUCUUCCGUAUCCCCCGACGCUCUCAAUCCUCUACGUGCUUACCUUUCCUUGCCCCAAGUCACUUUUGGCCCCAAAAGGUGGCAACUGCCUGAAGCAGCAAACACAGUUUCGGCCUCAACAGCUAAUGAAUUGCGUCAAGAUAGGUAUGCCACUCAUGUUAACCCGGAGAAGUUGAAAGCUGCUGGUGAAGGGCUUGCACAUGUUGGAAAGGCUUUUGCCGUUGCCACUGCAUUUGUAUUUGGUGGUGCUGCAUUGGUGUUUGGUACGGUGGCCUCCAAGCUAGAGCUGCAUAAUAUGAGUGACAUCAAAACUAAGGGAAAAGAGUACGUGGAGCCACAACUUGAGAGUAUCAAAGAACAAUUUGCUCCCUUCAAAAUAUGGGCUGAGAACGUGUCAAGAAAAUGGCAUAAGGAAGGGGAAGAUGUUAAACAGAAGACUAUCGUAAAGGAGCUAUCUAAAAUUUGGGGAAGAAAAACAUCAGAUUGAGAUUUACAUGACUUUAGUUGCUUUAGAAAUAUGUUGCAUGGCCAUCCAAAGAUAGAGUAUGCCUCUGCUUGUUGUUGUGUCUGUAAAUUUUGAACCGGAGAAUAAAAAUAAUAAAGAGUAUUAUUGUGUAUCAAUCA